GACUCAUACAUUUUGGCAUUCAUUAUUCAAUAAAAAUUGAAGACAGAGAAAAAAGCAGUGUAUUCAUCUUUAUGGGAUUUGAACGUCCUUUGCAGUUUUUAAUAGGUUGUCAACAUUUUGAUAAGUGAGAUUACGUGAAAAAUUCGCGAAUCAACAUGUCUGAAGGAGCAUCAGCACCAGGGCGUCCCAUGAAAUUCCCAUAUACACUCUCUGCGAAAAUCGCACAGUUUCCAUUUAAACAUUAUUUGAACAAUCAAUGGAUUUGGAGAUACGGAGCCAUCUCAUGCUUAAUUUGUUUACCCAUUUUCUACAAAAUUUCCAAAUUAGCUAACUCUCCUGAAAAUGUUAGCAAAUGGAAGGAAAUCAGAAGGAAAGAAGCCGAAGGUCAUCAUUAAGUAAAUUUUCCAAUAUAAUCAGUUGGAUUAGUUUGAUGGAAUCAAUAAAAAUUUGUUAUUGUAUUUCGAAUAAAUAAAUUUCAUGUUUUA